GAAGAAGUUCAGUUAGAAGACUUUCUUCACAUCUUGAGAAAGAAGGGAUUGAACCCCUUUCCUUUAGAGAACAGCCCUCUAUUUCGUCUGGGGCUCGUUACAGCAAGCACACCUGAGGACUGCCUCCAGGAAUCUAGAAGAGCUUCCAGUGGAGCCCAUGGAAGAAUUGAAAGAAGUGGAAAAUUAUGCAAACCGCGUCUGUAACUUACCAGAGGCAAAAGAAGCAUUUUCUCAUGGUUGUGAAAAGGAAAGCAGACAGCCUAGACAUGAGUUUAAAGAGUUCCAACUCAAACCAGCAGGAGUGCCAGUAAAGGAGGUUGAAAUGUGUCGAGAAGGCUUGUCUGACAUAGCUCUGAGCAGCCCCAGUGAACAGACUGCACACUUACUCAUGGAAAGAAGUACAAUCUUGAGGAAACUGGAAUUUGGGGAUCCCAAGCAGGAGUCACAAAGAGAUCUGAGCCAUAGCCUCCAGAAAGAAUUUCCCCAGGAGAAAUUUGAACAAAUCUACCAGCCUCUGCAAAGGGAACAUCAGAGACAUCAAGAACCUGCACAUCAGUCUAGAAAAAAUUUGAGCGAGAUGCACGAUGAAGACCCAGGAAAAGAUAAAACGUCGCAAAACUGCGUGGAGAGAGAUUUGGAGCACGCCGCAAGGAGCCUGGGGACGGCCCGUGAGGAGAUCUGCAGGCUGGCCGCCCAGGAACCGCAAGGCCAGGGGGAAGAGCAGCGCAAAUUAGAUUCUGCAUUUGAGAAGUCUCAACUAGAAGUUGAGAAAUUAAAAGAACUUUUGAAAGAGCUGAAAGAAAAUGGCUCAGCUGACUUACAGAAAGCAAAGGAACAUAACCGGAGACUGGAUGAGGAAAUUCUGGCUUUAAGGAAUCGGGUUCGAUCACUUGACUCAGAAAAAAAAGUACUUGGAGAAGAGGUUGAACGGCUUAGAGGAGAAAUUUGUGACUCUCCAGAGAGGAAGCACCUUGGAAACCACUCUCCCGGAAAAACGAUACUGAAAAUGAGCCAAGAAAAAAUUGAGAUAUUUGAAAGCGAGUUGUCAGAAGAGAGAGACAGGAAAAAGCCCUUGACACCUGCUCUUACCACUGGACCAAACUCUCUGAAAGUCGAAAGUGAGGAUUUGCAAAGGUUAAAGUCAGAACUUACAUGCCUUUAUAAUGAAAUUCAAAGUCUUCCAGGGGAAGCAGAAGACAGAGACCCUUUUUUAAUGGCAUAUGACCUGCUACAAAGAGAGAAUUCUGAAUUAGAAACAAAGGUCUUGAAGCUUUCACAAGAAUUUGAACAGUUAAAUCGUAUUACUUUAGGGAGAAAGACUGCAGAUGCUAAUUUAGUUCCAAGUGAGAGUACCUCUAAAGAUCUUGCGUCUCAAGUUCCGGUUUUGGAAGUAGAGACUCAGAACCCAAAGGAAGAGAGAAAAGAACUCUGUCCCGAAUUAGGAGAAAGUAAGCAGAAGGAAAGUCCAGAGGAGGCCGCAAAGGAGGGCGCUUGUCCAGGAGGGGGACAGGAGGAGAAGGACUUGCAGCAGAACCGAGACGCAAAAGGGGCAGGAGAGCAGUUGACCUUGAAGCCUAAGGAAGUUGCGGGGCUUAGGGAAGAGCUGAGCCCUGUGAUUCCGAGCCUCCUUCCGUCUCAGAGCUUUAGAGAUGGCUCCGAUGACGGCAGUGCCCAGUACCGAUCAUCUGGAGACAGAACCAAGUCCCAGCCGCAAGAGGAACUACAACAGCUUCGCCAGGAUUUGCACCGGCUCCAGGUUCUGUGUAGCUCAGCAGAAAAAGAGCUUCGCUACGAGCGAGGAAAGAACUUGGACUUAAAGCAGCACAACAGCUUACUGCAGGGAGAAAGCCUUAAGAUCAAAACUGAACUAAAGCAGGCCCAGCAGAAGUUACUGGACAGUGCAAAAAUGUGCUCUUCGCUGACAGCUGAGUGGAAGCACUGUCAGCAGAAAAUCAAAGAACUGGAGCUGGAAGUCCUUACACAGGCUCAGAGCGGUAAAUCACUGAGCAGCCUCGAGGAAGCGCUGGCUCGGGAGAAAUCUAACGUUGCUGCGGCAGAGGAAAAGAUUUCGGAUCUGCAGCAGAAAUUAGAACAUGCUCAUAAAGUCUGUCUCGCAGACACUUGUAUUUUGGGGAAGAAGCAAUUAGAGGAAAGGAUAAAAGAAGCAAUGGAAAAUGAAGCUAAAAUAAAGCAAAACUAUCAGGAAGAACAACAGAAGAGGAAACUCCUACAUCAGAAUAUGAAUGAGCUACAAAACCAAGUGAAAACCUUGCAGGACAAAGAGAGACAAUUGAAAAUGACCAAUGUUCAACAGCAGCUCAGAAUUCAGCAACAGGAGGCCCAACUUAAGGAACUGAAAAAUGAACGAAGACUAUGUGAUGAGCAUCUCAAGAGCAACCAGGAAUUGUCAGAGAAGCUGUCGGGGCUGCAGCAGGAGAAGGAAGCUCUAGGGAGAGAAUGCGGGCGGUUGCUGAAGCAGCUCGAUGUCCAUGUGAGAAACUACAACGAGAAACAUCAGCACCACAAAGCCAAGCUUCGCAGAGUCAGGGAUCAUUUAGGUCAUGAAGUAGAACAACGAGACGAGAGAAUCAGACAACUCGAAAGCGACGUCCGAGCCCUGAAGCGGCAAGCGGAAAAGGAGAAGGAAUUCCAGAAGCAGGUCAUUGCCCAAAACGACACCCUGUCUCUAGAAAAAAGGAAACUUCGGGAGCAACUCGUGCGUCAGGAAGGAAUAAUUGACAAAAACAGGUGGAUGUUGUCUUCUGUCCAGAAAAGAGUACUUUUCCUGGAUCAAGAAAAUAAGCAUUUUCUGGAAAACAAUCUCCAGCUCUCACAGCAGAUUGAUCUCUUAGAGCGUGUCGUAAGGAGCAUCCUGAUCCGCAGAGGGGAGGAAACCACAGUUAGUGACAUCCCUGAAUUUGAAGCAUUGAAUAAAAUCAUGCCCUUACCAAACUCUGGUAAAAUCAGGGCAAUCAGUUUUUCAGGACCGGGUUUGGUAGAGUCGGCCAAAAGCCUUCAGGAGACCGAAGAACAUACGUCGGAAGAAACAGUGGCCAGCCCCAAAUCCCCUAGGUCUCUUUUGUGUUCACAGAAUUCUGAAGCUGGAUGCGUAAAGGUAGCUUCUCCGAAAGAGACCUAUCACAUCCAAGAAUAAGGCUGCAAGUUGGCACUACACAAUCACUGGUGUCUAAAACUAGACUGAUCAAAGCUGCUAACGCAAGCUUGGGCUUGUAGGUGGAGCAUGAUGUGGAGAAGAGUUACAGCAGAUCUUCACUGGGCACCAACCAGGAGUCUUCAAAAUUGCUGGUAGAUUCAUUAAAGCUCUUCCAAAAAUGG